CCGCGAUGGGAGAGCGCGACGGACGAUCGAAGGGUGAUGAGGGAAUAUUUUAACGCGGACGUGUCGCUGGAGAGGCUGUACGAGGAGUUUGCGGCGAAGGAUGGGAGGUUUCGAGCGCUCGCGGCGCACGUGGACGGCGCUCGGAUGUUAAGGCAGGAUCCGAGCGAGUGCUUGUUUAGUUUUAUUUGUUCGAGCAAUAAUCACAUCUCGAGGAUACACGGGAUGGUGAAUAAGAUGUGUAACGGCGGCGAAGAGACCGCGGCGGCGGCCGAGGCGGAGAAAUUUUAUGCGUUUCCGAGCGUUGCGCAGAUUCUUGACGGCGCGACGGAGGAGGAAUUACGAGCGUUGGGUUUUGGUUAUCGCGCCAAAUUCAUCGUCGGCUCCGCGGCGGCUUUGGGGGAGGCGGGCGACGCCGUCGGCUCUUCUCCAGACGAAUUCUUGCGCGCGCUUCGCGACGAAACGCCGUACGUCGACGCCCACGCCGCGCUGAUGACGCUCCCGGGGAUCGGUCCCAAAGUAUCCGCUUGCGUGUGCUUGUUCUCCCUGAACAAGCACGAGGCGAUCCCAGUGGACACGCACGUGUGGCAAUUCGCCGUCGAGCACUACAUGCCAGAAUUACGCGACGCCAAAUCCGUCACCCCUCGCGUCAUGCGCUCGAUCGAGGUCAAGAUGAAGGAAAUUUUCGGCCCUUACUGCGGCUGGGCCCACAACGCUCUCUUCAUCGCCGAGCUCAAG